AUGUUUUUCUCUUUCAGGACCAUUUCCCUCGUACUCAUCCUCUUCAUCGUGGCUGUUAUCAGCCAGGGCGCAGAUGAUGUAUCCUACACAAGUGAUGCGGCUUUUCAACGUGGAAUCCUGGACUUCCAUAACAGGCGUCGGGCAGAACAUAGGGCCGGUAAUCUUGCCUGGAACCCCGAGCUAGCUGGCCAAGCUGACAGAUAUGCCAAGCGUUGCCGUUGGGGCCACUCUGGGGGUGCAUAUGGGGAAAACCUGGCCGGUGGUUUUGUGACAUUAGAAAAGGCCCUAACUGCCUGGUCCGACGAGCGGAAGCUUUACAAAAGCUUAGCGGAUUAUGAUAAACCAGAACCCCCUCCAAACUCUGGCCAUUUCACGCAAAUGGUCUGGGUGGCUACCACCACGGUUGGAUGCGGUCGAGCCAAGUGUAGAGACCUUAUCACACCAGGGCAGGAUUCAUGGUAUUUUAAAUUCCCCUUAUUUGAGGUCUACAGGGAACUUUAG